AAUCCUUACUUACAACUCUUAACGAACGACGUUCAAAUGUAAUUUAAGUACCAUCUGGUGAAAGGUAUCGUGUGAGUUUUAAAGUAUGAACAAUUCACCUCACCACCUAUUAUUUUAACUUGAUUCUGAAGUAAAUAGUAGACCAGCGUAUACUGAAAUAGAUAGAAUGGAUAAUAUGGGUAUGGACGAACAUCUGAUUGAAAGUCAGAAACGCACAUUCUGGGUUCGUAAUAGAACAUUGAUAUACACUGCUGGUGGUUUGAUUGUUGGAUGUUUUGUAACAGUUGGAAUAAGUUAUCUUUUCUUCUCUCUUGGGAAGAACAAUGCACAAGGAAAUGUUCAGACAAAUGUUGGAUCAAUGAAUGCAGCGCAGCGUCAACAAAGUGAAACGAUUGAUGGAAAUGCAACGAUAAAUAAAGAUAAUUAUAUUCUAUACUCAAAAGAGGAUCAUACAGAACUUAUCGCUUUGCUCCAUAAAUUCAAAAAUGAGAGCGAAAAAGCUUUGCUAUCAAUGAAGGAUUCCAAAGAGGAAAUCAUUAAACUGCUAGCAGACUUCAAGAACAGAACUUCAAACAAUGACGUAAUGAGAGAUUGUGUCGACUGGCAGCAGAGUGGUAUGAGAACAAAUGGUAUUUACAGUAUUACACCAAUAGGAUUCACAUCAUUUGAUGUGUACUGUGAUAUGACAACAGAUGGCGGAGGAUGGCUGGUUUUCCAAAAAAGAAUAAACGGUACGAUAGAUUUUUUUAAAGAUUGGGUGUCGUAUGAAAACGGAUUUGGUGACAUCAACAGGGAAUUCUGGUUAGGCAAUAAAAAGCUACAUAUACUCACACAAGAACCUACAGAACUUCGAGUUGAUGUAAUGGCAUGGGACAACGAGAAAAGAUACGCUAAAUACUCGACAUUUAGGCUCGGUGAUGCUUUAUCAAAGUAUACACUGUAUGUAGAUGGUUACAGUGGAGACGCUGGUGAUGGUCUAGCUUUACACCACAAGGUCAAGUUCAGUACACGCGACCAAGAUAAUGAUGUAAAGCGUAAAGACUGCGCCGGGUCAAAUAAAGGUGCAUGGUGGUACGAGAAUUGUAGUCAUUCCUCUCUCAAUGGACAGUAUAUCAAGGGAACCGAUGGUGUCACGGGAAAGAACAUGGGUAUCAAUUGGGAAAAGUUUAAGGGUGACUACUACUCCAUGAAAACUGCAUCAAUGAUGCUUCGCCGGAAAGUUUGAUGUGUGCUGGGUUUUUUAUGUUUAAGACUAAACGUGGAUGCCUUAAAUGAAAUAGUGUUAAAGAAAACUAGUUAAUAAAUUAUGUUUGUAUUGAA